UUCCGGGUUCUUCCUCUUGGGUGAGAUUAACAAAACAGAUCAAAUCAAGACUACAAUGAGUACAUAUUUGGAUUAGACCGAGGGUUCAUGUCACCCCUGAGACAGUUUUAUACUUUGUCUUAACGUUUUAUCACUUCUUUACCGUGUAAAAUCAACCAGGAACUGUCGGCUGUCAACUACAGUAGAUUAUUUUUGCUCGAAGCGGAUUGCAGCCAUGAUGGCGUCAAGCUACAACGCUAAGGAAGAGGACGGACACCACUCGGGUACUUCUAGUCACGGAGGCGCUGGGGCUGUGAAAAGUAAAAAGCCGGACAACACAGCGUUCAAGCAGCAGAGACUACCGGCCUGGCAGCCCAUCCUGACGGCAGGCACCGUGCUGCCUGCUUUCUUCGUUAUCGGUCUCAUCUUCAUCCCCAUCGGCAUCGGCCUGUAUGUCUCAUCAAACAACAUCAAAGAGUUCGAGAUUGAUUACACCGGUGUUGACGUUUCCAAUCCAUGCUACAGCUGUGCCAAGAACUUCAGCUGGAACAGCACAACACCAUGUGUCUGCUCUCUGCCCUUCACGCUGGAGCAGCCAUUUGAGAGCAAUGUCUUUAUGUACUACGGCUUAUCCAACUUCUAUCAGAACCACAGACGCUAUGUGAAGUCCAGGGAUGACAGCCAACUGAAUGGUGACCGAUCUGCUUUGACGAACCCCAGCAAGGAAUGUGAACCGUACCGUACAAGUGAAGGACUGCCCAUCGCUCCAUGUGGGGCCAUCGCUAACAGCCUCUUUAAUGACACUCUGGAGCUGUAUCACAUUGAUUCCAAUGGCACCAGAAAUGAAAUCCCUCUGGUAAAGAAGGGCAUCGCGUGGUGGACAGACAAGCAUGUGAAGUUCAGGAAUCCUGGUGGAAAUAGCAACCUAACUGUUGCUUUCCAUGGCACAAAUAAGCCGGUGAACUGGAGGAAGCCAGUUUAUGAGUUGGACUCAUCAGAUCCUGAGAACAACGGUUUUAUCAACGAGGACUUCAUUGUCUGGAUGCGCACCGCUGCGUUGCCCACCUUUCGCAAGCUCUAUCGCAUCAUCCAGAAGAAGCCCAACACGACCCCAACUCUACCCAGUGGCAAAUACAUCUUGAACAUCACUUACAAUUACCCUGUGCUCAGCUUUGAUGGUCGCAAGCGGAUGAUCCUGAGCACCAUCUCCUGGAUGGGAGGGAAGAACCCGUUCCUUGGCAUUGCCUACAUCACAGUGGGUUCGAUCUGCUUCUUCCUGGGUGUGGUUCUGCUCAUCAUCCACCAUAAAUAUGACACCCGCAACAACAGUGCAGAUAUUCCAAACUAAAGCGUUGUAUCGUGUUUCCCAGCCUCUGCAUGCACAGGUGACCCUAAAGGGUCCGUUCUGGACUGCUUGUUGAUUUUAGCGUGAUUACACUGGUCUCUAAUUGUCUGUUGUGUGUUUGUGUAAAGGCAGCACUGUCUGAGGUGUGUCAUCAAGCUGUGUUUAUGUGUAGGGCAACUAAGGCAAAAGAAGGAUGCUAGAGUCUGUGCAUGUAGCUUCAGGUCAGCUGCUGAGAAUGUCAUCUCAUGUCUUCAAAAGAGAGUUUUUGUCUAUUUAUCUAUACAUUAUCAAAGUAUCUAUGUUUUAUUUUAGCAGUGCUUUGCGAAUGGCUUCAUUAUUGAAGGAUGUGUGUAUUUUAAAUGCAAGUUAUUGUCCAAAUAAUGUACUGUACUAUGUCCUGCUGAUGAAUGUACCAUUAUAUUUCAUUGACAUACCUCUGUGGUUCUUGAGAUUACCUUGAAUAUAGGAUGGGAUAAUCACUGCUCGUGUGCUGUUUAUUAUGGUAAGCAUUGAUGUUUAACAAGAAGUAUUUUAUCCUUGGAGAGUCAUAGAAUACUCAUGACAAGUAGUACCAAAAGUAUGGUUAUCUACCCUCCACUAUGAUUGGUUGUAUAAAAAGGCUAAGUCAGUCAUAAGGCAUCUUUUAAAAAAUACUUAAUAAUCAUCAUAUGUCCAGUAUUCUUAAUUCUUAAUUAAGACGAGAGCACAAUCAUUAUUUUAUUUUUCAUUUUUUUUACAGUUGCCUGCCUGUUAAGUUAUCUUGCGUUCUUCAUUGUUGACCAAAUGGUAUGCACUUUAAAAGUGUCACAUUUGUUCGUUUUUUUUCCCCUUGUUCCACUUCACAUUCUGUUAUCAUUUUGCGAUCUUGAUUUAUUAAUAACGAGUUACUUGUUUAAAUUGGAUAUUGUUGGGUUUUUAUAAGGUUUUUAGGGUCCAAUUAAACAACUUGGCAAAUGUU